UUCAUCUCUGAGCUAAGCUUUCUAGCCCUAGCCCUGUCUUUAAUCUGUGGGGUGUCGAGAAAUCAUGAAGAUGUACUGCUUUCUGCUGCUGAUCCUCUCUCUAUCCUGCUUCCAGGUCGACCCAGUUUCUGGUGCUGAUUCAAUAAAAUGUUUUCAAGAGAAAAACACCUGCCACACCAUCCAUUGCCCAUAUUUUCAAGAUGAGGUUGGCACAUGCUAUGAUGGAAGAGGCAAGUGUUGCCAAAAACGCCUUUUGUAUAUCAGAGUUCCAAGGAAGAAGGUGUAA